AAGGAAUUAAACGUUACGUGGAGACUUCUAGACACUCAUAACUCCAACUAUAAAUUUUCUACUUUGUGACUUCACAUUUUUCAUCGACGAAAUAAUCAAAGCUUUUCUUCUCAAAUUUUUUACAAAAAUUAAGAUUCUAGAGUUCUAGUAUUAGACAUGGGAAUUAAGAUUCAUGGAAGCCCUAUGUCCACCGCCACCCUCCGUGCCGUGGCGGCAGCUCAUGAGAAAGAGCUCGAUUUCGAAUUUGUUACCAUCGAUAUGAAAUCCGGUGCUCAUAAACAAGAGCCUUUUAUCUCCCUUAACCCAUUUGGUCAAGUACCAGCUCUCGAAGAUGGAGAUGUCAAGCUAUUUGAGUCAAGGGCCAUUACAAAAUACAUAGCAUACAACUAUGAAAGCAAGGGAACUCCUCUUGUGUACAACAAAGGAAAGGAAAUGGCCGACCUAGCUGUUUGGAUGGAAGUCGAGGCUCACCAAUUUGAUCCAGUAGCCAGUAAACUCGCUUGGGAGCUUGUUUACAAGAGCAUGUUUGGUAUGCAAACCGACAACGCUGUAGUUGAAGAGAACGAAGCUAAGUUGGUUAAGAUCCUUGAUGUCUACGAGGCUCGUUUGUCUAAGUCCAAGUAUUUGGCUGGUGAUUCCUUCACUUUGGCUGAUCUUCAUCACUUGCCUACCCUGCAUUACGUGCUCGGUACUAAAGAGAAGAAGUUGUUCGAUGAACGCCCUCAUGUGAGCGCUUGGAGCAAGGAUAUCUUGGCUAGGCCUUCUUGGGGAAAGUCCUUGGCCUUGCAGAAACAAACUUAAGGCGUGCUAUAAUAUAAUCAGCCUGUGUACUGACGUACUGUCUUGCUGUAUUAGAGUUUUAUGCACUUAAUCUUAUGUUGGUGUUCUGCUUUCUAUGUGGUUGUAAUGUUUGUGACUCUGGAUCGACUUCGAUUAGCUGUUCUUAUGCUAUAAUAAUACCCGAGUUUUUUUAGCUACAAAAA